GCUGAAACAAAUAUGCUCGAGAUACAGCUUUUAUUAUAUCGAGCUCAACGAGAGGUUUGUGGGUAGGUAGCAUAUUCAUUCUGUGCUAUCUUGGACAACGUUUUUGAAUAAACGAAAAGGGAUAUAUGUAAAUUGAAUCGAGAAAAUUGAGCAUGAGUAGUGACUGCGCAAUUGGGAUUGAUCUUGGAACAAACUUUGUUUGCGUUGGAGCAUUCAUAAAUGGAACGGUGAGGAUUAUCCCAAAUGAACAUGACAAACGAUUAACACCAGCAUAUGUCGCGUUUACUGAAGAAGAACGUUUGUUUGGCGAAUCUGCAAAACACCAAGGCCCUCUCAAUUUGGACAACACUUUAUAUAAUGUAAAGCGUUUAAUUGGAAGAAAGAAGGAUAAUGGAAUUCAAAAUGGAAAUAAUGAAACAUGGGGAUUUUUAAUCAAAACAGAUGAUAAGAAUCGAUUUUGUAUACAGGUAUCUUAUACCAAGAAUCAAACAAAAAUCGAAGAAACAUUAUAUCCGGAACAAGUAAGUGCUAUGAUUCUGGGCAGACUGAAGAAAAUGGCAGAAGAUCACCUUGGAACUAAAGUAAAUAAAGCUGUCAUAUCCGUGCCUGCAAGUUUUGAUGAUGAUCAACGAGCGGCUACAUAUGAUGCGGGGAAAAUAGCCGGCUUUGAAGUGAUCGAGUUGAUAAACGAACCAACUGCAGCGGCAAUCGCUUAUUGCUUCGACAACGAGGUAAAAAAGAAAAAACGAAUCGUUAUUGUUGACUUAGGAGGAGGUUUCUUUGACAUAAGUACAGCAGUAGUAGGCAACAAUGACAUUCAAAUUUUAACAUCCGAUGGAGAUUCAAAUAUAGGAGGUGAAAUGUUUGACAACAAUAUAUUCACCCAUUACAUCAAGAAAUUCAAGGAGCAAAACAUUGACUGGUCAGAAAGCAAAAAAAAAGAGAUAAGAUUGAAAGAAGCUUGUGAAAAAGUAAAAAGAAAUUUGUCUGCAGCCACCCGAGCUCGAAUACCAGAAGACUUGGCUGCUGAUUUGGGAGUAGAAUCAUCUUCUCUGAUUCUUACCAGAAGUGAUUUUAACCAACUGAACAAAAAUUUGUUUGAAAAGUUUAAAAGUCUAGUAGAAAAAGUUACCAAAAGUGAUGCAAAUGCUAAAAAACAGAUUGACGACAUCGUUCUUGUUGGAGGAUCAACUCGUAUUACGGAGAUAAGAAAAAUUCUUUUAGAAUAUUUCAACGUGAAAGAAUUAAACAGAACUAUCAAUCCGGAUGAAGCAGUUGCAUUUGGCGCUGCCAUACACGCAGCAAGACUGACUGACGCUCUAAAGAUUCCUAGAUAUACCAUUCACGAAGUCAAUAAAAACGAUUGUGGCAAAGUAAAAAACAAAGAGGUAAUCGAAAGAAUGAUCAAAAUAAACAAAGAGUUCGACGAAUACGAUGAAACAAUUAAAAAGCUAAGCAACGCCAGAAACAGCUUGGAAAAUACGGCAUAUUCUGUAAAACUGGCGAUAAAAUCGUCUGACUUAUCGGAAAAAGAAACAAAAUUGAACGAGUGCGAUAAAGCAUUAAAAUGGCUAGAAAACAACAAAGACACUAAAGUGAAGGAUUGCGAAAAGAAAGAGAAACAUUUGAAAAGUUUAAAAUUGUUAAAAAAUAUUCCGGUAAAAACAAAAGAAAGCGACGAACUUCAGAAGCGUAACAAUUCCGACACUGGCGAUGGCAUGUCAGAACAAUCCGCCAAAAACGAAAGAAAAAACGACAACACGAGUAUGAAAGAAGAACAUCCAAACACUACAUCUAGUGACAUGAACAACUCAACUCCAACUGCGAAGACACCGGAAGCCACACAAUCGGAAGUAACUUCUUUUCGUGCGACAAGGGAUGAUAUUUUAAACAAGAAUCUUUUUGAUACUGUUGCAGUACAAGCUGAAAAGGGGGUUUCAGAAGAUGGCAAUGAUAAAGACAGAAAAACCAAAAUAGAUCAAGAUGUGACAAAAACAGAAGAAAUAAAACAAACACAAUUGUAG